GUGUGGGGGGCGGAUGUGAUUAGGUUCAGCGGUACAGCAGCUCCUCACUGUAUGUGACAGACGUAUCCUCAGGCGCGCACACCUCAUACUCGCCUCACUCACACUCACACUCGGGCACAGGAUGGCGGCUGAGGAGCAGACCGGUGUCCCGCACGCAGCUUCCCUUUCCCGGCUGUCUAAGGCGCUGUCUCACACCCGGCUGGAUCUGCUGGACCAGGAGUCCCCGGCUGCCUCACGCGCGCCCCGGCGGAGGAAACUGUCCAGCAGCCACAGCUUGUCCGGCUCCCUAGAGAGUCUGAGCGGUGGUGCGGCCGAGUCCCGAGUGCUGGUCAUUAACACCGGGGGCACUAUAGGCAUGAUGUACCAGAAUGAGGUGUUGACGCCUCAGGCAAACACGUUUGCAAAAGCCCUAAAAAAGCUGCCGAUCCUACACGAUGAGGCGUAUGCUCAGCAGACCAAACUCUAUGACAUCCACGAGUUCCCUGAAAACACCUUGGUGCUCCCUCCCUCUAAGCAGAGCAAGAGGAUCGUAUACACAGUUUUGGAGUACUCACCACUUCUAGAUUCAUGUAACAUGACGACGGAUGACUGGGCCAAAAUCGCCAAGGACAUCCAGAAACAUUAUGAACAUUACGAUGGCUUUGUUGUUCUUCAUGGAACGGACACUAUGGCGUACACGGCUUCAGCUUUGUCCUUUAUGUGUGAAAACCUCGGGAAAACCAUCAUCUUGACUGGUUCUCAGGUUCCUAUAUAUGAGCUGCGUAAUGAUGGCCGAGACAACCUGCUGGGGGCGCUGCUGAUUGCAGGACAGUUUGUUAUUCCUGAGGUGUGUCUGUAUUUUCAUCACAAACUCUACAGGGGAAACCGGGUUACUAAGGUGGAUGCUGGGAGUUUCAAUGCGUUCUCAUCCCCUAACUUGCCUCCACUUGCCAAUUCUGAAGUUGAUUUUACAGUAAAUUGGGAGACUGUCUGGAGACCUAACACGACCAAGAAGUUCCUUGUUCACACAGAUAUGAACAGAAAUGUGGGAUUGCUCAGGAUAUUCCCUGGGAUCACAGCAGCAACGGUGAAAGCGUUCCUGCAGCCUCCCAUGGAGGGCAUCGUGCUGGAAACAUAUGGCAGUGGCAACGCUCCUGACUGUCGCUUGGAUUUGCUUGGGGAGCUGAAGAAUGCUACAGAGCGUGGAGUGGCGAUUAUAAACUGCACCCAGUGCCUGCGAGGGUCCGUCACCGACUCGUACGCUACUGGAAAGGCUCUCACUGUGGUAGGAGUGAUACCCGGCUGCGAUCUGACCCCGGAAGCAGCUCUAGCUAAGUUGUCCUAUGUAUUAGGGAAGAAGCAUCUGACGCAGGAGGAGAAAAGAAAGAUGCUGUUUGAGAAUCUGAGAGGAGAAAUGACAGUGAGCGCUACAGGCGGCAAGAUCUCUCUAAGAGACAGCAAGUUUAUUCAGGUCGUAGCCAAGUCCAUUGGAGUCAGCUGCAAAGAGGAGCUUGAGGCUGUUAGAGAUGCGCUGACACCAGCACUGGCUUGUGCUGCUGCAAGUACUGGAGACAUUAAUGCGCUGGAGGCGAUACGGGAUAUGGGAGGAAACCUAAGCAGUGAAGACUAUGACGGGCGAACCCCUUUACACGUGGCGUCCUCUGAAGGGCAUUUUACAGUGGUUCAGUAUCUGCUUAAUAAUGGGGCGACAGUCUACGCCAAGGACCGUUAUGGCGACACGCCUCUCAUGAAUGCCGUGAAAUUCAGGCAAAUGGAGGUUAUCAAGCUGUUACGCCAGACAGGCGCUCACCUUUCCUGGGAGGAGCUUGAGCACAGUGGGACCGAAUUGUGCAGCUUAGCUGCGUCUGGGGAUGUGGAUGGGCUUGCUGCCUGGGAACUUGCUGGAGCUGACAUGGACCAGAUUGGAUACGAUGGGCAGACGCCUUACCAAGUAGCCGAAGCUGCUGGCAAUGAAGACGUCUUGGAGUUUUUUAUCCUAAGAAAAGCGCAGGUCUUUCAGAACGGGAGCACAAGUGAUAAAGACAACUAUCUGAGCAGUUAAAGGGCAAAGCUGAAAUCUCCUGGUGUAAAAUGAGCUGUGUAAUAUAGCGCACUGUGACACAGGGCUGUGUAAUAUAGCGCUGUGUAACACAGGGUUGUGUAAUAUGGCGCUGUGUAACACGGGGUUCUGUAAUAUGGCGCUGUGUAACACAGGGUUGUGUAAUAUGGCGCUGUGUAACACGGGGUUGUGUAAUAUGGCGCUGUGUAACACGGGGUUGUGUAAUAUAGCGCUCUGUUGGUCAUAUAAACAUUGUGUGGUUGUAAAAUCUCAGGAGUGUUUGCACCAGCUUGUACAGUUGUACCUCUGCAAGUUUUUGCACAAAAUGUUUAUGUACUAACGCUCUAGCUGUUUUUGUGAGUGGGGUUUAUAAAUGUUUAGCAAUAUAUGUAGAAAUGUGAAACCUGUUUGUACUUUGUAACAUAUAAACAAAGUGCCCAUAGCUGCUACACACAACCUGUGGGAACUUACUGCUUGUCCAUGUUGCGUAUUUAGGGCCAGUGAUACAGAAUAGUGUAAGAGCACAAUGACGCCCCAGAGAUUUGUGGGGUGAGCAUCUAAAUAAGAAAGUUCGGUAUUAAAUUCACCUCACUAGUUAGUAGUGAGACAUUAAUUGUUUUUAUUUAAUUUAUAGUCUUCUCUUGUAGUAGUUUGUCAUGGAAAGUGUUUAAUUAACAAUAAAAUCUUUUUAAACCACAA